AGCGGGGCUCGGACUGAGUUCUGCCGGGUGUCCGGGGGUCUCCGGGGUGAGGGCAAAGCUCCGGGCAGGGUUUGCAGCGUGUCCGGGAGGCUGUGGAGUGAGCGAGGGACGCCGAUGUGGUCUGUAGGGUGGGUGGAGUGUCACCUUUGUUCAUCACCAGGUCCUGUGAGGGCCUGGGCAACAUGGUACCCUCUGGCCAGGCAGCAGAGAAGCAGGCAUGUGAAGAGCCAGGGUCGGGCCCUGAGCUGCAGUCCUGGCGGUGCCUGGUGGUCUAUCUCUGCUUCUUCGGCUUCAUGGCACAGAUGCGACCCGGAGAAAGCUUCAUCACGCCCUACCUCCUGAAACCGAAUAAGAACUUCACAGAGGAGCAGGUGACCAACAAGAUCAUACCGGUUCUGUCCUAUUCCUACCUGGCGGUGUUGGUACCCAUCUUCCUGCUCACUGACUACCUGCGCUACAAGCCAGUGCUGGUGCUGCAGGGCCUGAGCUAUGUGUGCGUGUGGCUGCUGCUGCUCCUGGGCCACUCGGUACUGCACAUGCAGCUCAUGGAGGUCUUCUACAGCGUCACUAUGGCGGCACGCAUCGCCUACUCCUCCUACAUCUUCUCCCUGGUGUGCCCUUCCCACUACCAGCGCAUGGCCAGCUACUCACGGGCAGCGGUGCUGCUGGGCGUCUUCACCAGCUCUGUACUGGGUCAGCUGUUGGUCACCCUGGGCGACGUUUCUUUCACCACGCUCAACUACAUCUCCCUGGCCUUCCUCAUCUUCAGCCUGGGGCUUGCGCUCCUCCUGAAGCGCCCUAAGCGCAGCCUCUUUUUCAACCGCAGUACACUUGUGCGUGGGGCCUUGCCCUGUGAGCUGGACCAGAUGCACCCUGGCCCUGGGCAGCCAGAGCCCGGGAAACUGGAGCGUGUGCUGGGUGCUUGCCGGGACUCCUUCCUGGUGCGCGUGCUCCGGGAACUGUUGGACAGUGCACGGCGGCCUCAGCUGCGCCUCUGGUCCCUCUGGUGGGUCUUCAACUCCGCAGGCUACUACCUGAUCAUCUAUUACGUGCAUAUCCUGUGGAACACCCCUGAUAGUGCAUAUCCUGUGAAACACCCCUACAACGGUGCCGCAGAAGCUGCCUCCACACUGCUGAGCGCCAUCACAUCCUUCUCCGCUGGCUUUAUGAAGAUCCGCUGGGCUCUGUGGUCAAAGCUGGUCAUCGCAAGUGUCAUAGCCAUCCAGGCUGGGCUGGUUUUCCUCCUGUACAGCACCAGCAACAUCUGGCUGUGCUAUGCGGCCUUUGUGCUGUUCCGUGGGGCCUACCAGUUCCUUGUACCCAUCGCCACUUUUCAGAUUGCAUCUUCCCUGUCUAAGGAGCUCUGUGCCCUGGUCUUUGGGGUCAACACGUUCCUCGCCACUGUACUGAAGACCUCCAUCACACUUGUGGUCUCUGACAAGCGGGGCCUGGGCCUCUCAGUCCGUUCACAGUUCUUUAUCUACUUCGUGUACUUCCUCAUUCUGUCCAUCAUCUGCUUCGCUGGGGCUGUGCUGGAUGGCUUGAGGUUCUGCUGGAAGGGUCGCCACCAGCCCCUGCCCCUGGCCCAGGAGCUGAGGAGCCCAUUGGAGGAGAAGACUGUGCAGGUGCUAAGUGUACAGGAUGGAGACCUGAGAGACCUGCAGCCCUCAGCCCCACCACUGCUCCCACAGGAUAUCGUGGAGGACAGCAUGGGGAACCUGAGGCCUGAAGUCAAGGCCUGACCACCUAUCCUGACUGUCCUGGCUUUCCUUCAGCCCUAGUCCAGCAGGCAGAUUCCUGACCCAGGGGCAGCCCCUCCCAUCUGCACUCCAUCUUGAUACAGCUUGGGUCUGAUGCUGCAGACAAAUCUCCCAGCCUACCAGGGACAUGUGGGGCCCUCUGUGGUACCUUUUAGGAACCCUCAACGUAUCUCCAGGACUCACCUUAGGGGCUACCUGGUUUAACAAAGGAAUCAUAGCUUGUCCUACUGGCCUCUGAGCACCCAAACCCAACCUACAUCAUGCUCUAGUAGUGGUCGGAGCCUGCUGGGACACUCAAGGCAGCUGCCUGGCUACGUAGCCUACAUGCCAGGCCACUGUGGGCCCAUGUUGCCUGUUGCUUGCUGCAAAGAGCCUGUGGUAGGGUCUCCUGUGUCCACCAGGCCAACCUGGCCUCAACCCUCGCAGGCUGGGGCAAAUCAUGUCUGUCCCCAAGGCUGGCGAGGUAACCGAGACACCAGCCAGGGCACACUGACCUUGCAGAGUGCUGGUCCCUCCAUGUGGGGUAGGAGCUCAUCCCCAGGCUCCUGGCUAAGCUGUGACACUUCAUUGUCUGAGGUGCUUGUUUGGACGAUGCUCUCACCUUUUUUAAAAAACUGACAUUAAAAUGGAGAACAUUUGGCUUUUUCA